AUGGCAACGCCUCAUCAGGCUGCCACAGCGACGGCAGCUUCGACCAAGGAUGUCUCUUACCGUAAGUCAACCUCGCCAGCGUCGCUGCUUCUUUCACCCCAGGAGCCAGAGUGCACCUUCGGCAGCGGGAAGACCCACCACCCGCUUGGCUUCAGAUGUUUCAGAGGCUCCCCGGCAGACGUGCGGUCAGUCAUGGAACGGGCGGCCCCGACCUAUGCACCUGCACCGGUGGUGACCCCUUUCUCUGCCAAGAUCCUCCGGCCCAUCCUCGGCGAGACUGCGAGCCAGUAUGGCCAACAUCAGUGGUGGGUGGUCGCGCGCACCAUCAUCGGCUGGAUAGUGCUGGCCUAUGGAGUGUGGAUGUGGACAUGGUGGCUUCCUUCUCUGUACUUUCGCAUGCACGAGGACUACUUGAAGGAAGACAUCGAAGGUCGAAGCUUCCAGCAGUACCUCACCUACCACUUCAACUACUGGAUGACGGCAGGUGGCAUUGGCGCGAUGUUCAAGCUGCUGGGAAUCGGAAUUCUCACACUUCUGACGAUAGGCGCGUUCAUCUACGCGAUCCUCAUGCAGGACUCGCCCGUGCGAGGGCUGUGGCUCUGCACCGUCUGGGCCUCCGCUGCCUCAGUGGACCCGGCAGUGACGGCCAUGGAAGGUGGAGUGGGCAUGCUCCUGACCUUCGGAGGGCUGGUGCUCCUGGCAGUUCUGCUCACAACCAUCUCCGAUUUCUUCGCCGCACAGCAGAAGAAGUCCAACGAGGGCCGCGAUCCCAUCGUGGAGGGAGGGCACCUUGUCCUGCUGGGCCUGUCCUCUCAGACGAAGGACUUCUUGGAGGAGUUGGCCAUCUGCGAAGCGAACUCUGCACCAAAGACAAUUGCAAUUCUGGAUACGAUGCCGAAGUCUGAGAUCGAAGAAGAGAUCAAGCGGCAAAACACCAAUACCGGAGACCUCAAGAUCGUUUGCCGUGGCGGGCUGCCUUCGUCGGCUGAGGACCUCUGGAAAGUGGGUGCGGACGUCUGCAGCAGGAUCGUGAUCCUGGAUGAGCCAUCUUUGCCUCGGGACGAGGCGGAUUCCAUUGCUUUUGGCACUCUGCUCACAUUGCGAGGCCAGGGCAAGACGGGCUGGCCGAACAACGGCCACAUCUCGGUCCAGUGCUGCCUGGGAAAGAAUGUGGGCUUUAUGAACGAGCUCUACCCAGGGAAGACCUUCGUCUUGAGCGGUGAACGCCUCGGUCGGCUCAUGGUGCAAAGCGCUCGGGAUCAGGGUCUUUGCCCCAUCUUCAAUGCCAUCAUUGGCUUUGAGGGCGACGAGUUCUACGCUGCAAAAGCCUUGGACAUAGGGGUGGUGGGCAGGACUUUCCAGGAGGUGCCCUUCUGGUGUGAGAAAACGGUGCCGAUCGGUAUCCGAGAUGCUUCAGGUGCUUACAUCAUCAACCCGGAGAAAUCCUACAAAGUGAAGAUGGACGAUGAAGUGAUCGUCCUGGCCGAGGAUGACGAUGCCAUCCAGCGCAUGCCGGAGCCAAUGAUGGACUUCCAGGCGUGGCGAAACAAGUACGGUGCUUCCACCUUUGUGGAGGCGGACCCAAACGACAAUGAGAAAGUGCAGGUUUUGAUCUGCAACUUCACCGAACGAGGAUACGGCUGUGCCAUCCUCUUCGCUUUGGACGAGAUGGUCGCCCCGGGAUCUGUUUGUGACAUCUUCUGCUCGCUGACCGAAGAAGAUGCCAGAGCCAUCGUGAGCAAUGCUGAAGAGGAGCAGGAUCGCAGGCUCAAGAACAUCGAGGUGAGGCGAAUCUACACCACGGCCCAGCACCAGAUGACCGCGCAGCACAAGCUCAACACGAUGCCUCUUCAGGACUACGACUUCCACUUCAUCCUGGCUGACAGCGCCCUUGGCUUUCAGAAGGCCGACGAGCAGACCGUGGCCAUCAUCCUGCAGAUGAAGAUGCUCCUGAAG